AUGAAAGACUUCUUAACCAGUGUUUUUGCCCGUGAAGGAUACCCGGAAGAGAUUGUUUGCGACAAUGGGCCGCAGUUCGCUUCACGUGAAUUUGUAACCUUUCUUCAAAAUCGAGCCAUCAAGCUUUCUCAUUCGUCUGUAUAUUACCUCCAGGCGAAUGGGCAAGUCGAGAGGUUCAUUCGAACUCUGAAGAAAUUCAUCCAGGUUUCACUCCUCGAAAGGAGACCUAUCCGACAAGCAGUUACGGACUACCUCUCUAUUUACCGCUGUACUCCACAGGCUACCACUGGAGUUGCCCCAGCAGUUCUGCUGCAUGGGCGAAUGCCCCAAAGCAGAUUGGAUGUUGUGGGGUUUUCGGCACCAGCGUUUGCAAAGGACCAAGCAAAGGAACUGGCGCGACUGCGCCAAAGGGUACGGCUUCAACAGCAAAGCAGUAAGGAGUACACGGACCACAGGAGAGCUGCUAAGCAGCCAAAGAUAGCUGUGGGUGAUUUCGUUCGUAUCAAGAAGCUGUCCGUUCGCUUCAAGGGGGAUCGCUCAUUUUCCUCGCCAACUGAGGUGUUGGGGAGGAGGGGACCUGCCUCUUUCAGACUUGCAGACGGCCGCACAUGGAACGCCUCCAAGCUUUCCCGGGUUCCUGAGAGGGGCACGAGUGCACCAUACCAACGUUCGGAGCUACCUGCGCCACAGCUUCCGGUUCAAGUGCCGCAGCCUGCCCUGCCACAGCCGCCUUCUCCCGGGUCACAGCCGCCGCCUCCUGGCGUACUGCAGUCUGCCGUACCGCAGUCGCCUGCUCCUGAUCCGCAGCGGCCUGUACCGGAGCCUGUCAUGCUGCAGCCGCCUUCUCCUGGGCCGCAAUCGUGGUCUCCUGGCGUACUACAGAGCUCUACAAGCUCAUUACCAUCUCUGGCCGUGCAGCAUCCCCAUCGGCCGUCCCGAGAGCACCGGCCACCAGUCUGGCUCAAGGACUAUCAGACCCACUAG